UGGCUCAGUUAGCGCUUCACAGGCUAGAGGGGGUGGGGUACCAACAGGGAAGUAUGGGAAACCUCAGGGAACACAUUAUGUCAGCCAGGGGGAGGGCGACAUAGACGAAGAUGAAGUCAUGUUCACACUGUACAAACUAGAAUAACUAGACAUACCAGCAGAGGAGCCAUUUAUACAGACAUUGACUGUUAAUGGGGAGAAACAGCAAUUUGAAAUGGACUCGGGGUGUGGGGUAACAGUAGUGAACCACUCUGUGUACAAAACCUUAUGGGGGAGGGAGGUGCCAGAGCUACGCUCCUGUAGAGUGAAGCUUAAAACAUAUACGGGACAUAAAGUAAAUGUUGUGGGAGCAGCAGUGGUUAAAGUACAGCAUAAACAGCUAGUAGAGAACUUACCAUUGGUAGUGGUGGCAGGUUCAGGCCCUAGUCUAGUAGGCAGGUACUGGAUUAGGAGGCUAGGUUUACAGUGGAAACCAGAACCCCAGAUCCACCAUGUUCGGACAGAGACCCCAGAGAAGGCACAGAGGAGACCAGAGCCACAGAUACUCCAGGUUAAAGACGAGACCUUGGGGGAGAUACUGGGGGAGUUUGGGGAGGUUUUCAAAGACGAACUAGGGAGAUUCAGAGGCCCCCCAGCAAGAAUAUAUGUGGACAAGGAAGCAGCCCCCAGGUUUUUUAAAGCCAGACCCGUCCUAUACGCCAUGAGAGGGAGAGUUGAGGCUGAACUCGACCGUCUCCUUGCUGAGAAGAUAAAUGAACCAGUAAAAUAUGCUGAGUGGGCAGCGCCGGUGGUCCCUGUGUUGAAGCCAGAUGACACAGUAAGGCUAUGCGGAGACUACAAACUGACAGUGAACCAGAUCUCAAAACUGGAGCAGUAUCCAAUCCCCAGAAUUGAGGACCUGUUUGCCAUUCUUUCAGGUGGACAAAAAUUUACAAAGUUAGAUCUGAGUCAUGCCUACCACCAGAUUCCAUUGGAUGAGGAAGCAAAAAAGUAUGCAACUGUAAAUACACACAAAGGCUUGUUCACAUACAGAGUGCUACCUUUUGGCGUUUCAUCAUGUCCGGCUAUUUUCCAACGUACCAUGGAGGGACUACUGCAGGGCAUCCCUCGUGUGGCCAUCUUCCUGGAUGACAUCCUGCUGACGGGAAAAGACGACAAAGAGCACCUAAAGACUCUGACUAUGGUGCUGAAACAGCUACAGGAGGCCGGUCUACGGCUCAAGAGGACCAAGUGUGUGUUCAUGAGUGAGGAAGUGAUAUUUUUGGGUCACAAAGUGGAUGCAACAGGACUGCAUCCAGUGCAUGAGAAGGUGGAAGCAAUCAGAGAGGCACCAUCACCUUCAAAUGUGACAGAGUUGAAGGCAUAUCUGGGACUGUUAAACUAUUACAACAAGUUCCUACCAAAUCUGUCUACUGUCCUUGCUCCGGUGCACAAACUGCUACAAAAAGACACAAAGUGGCAGUGGGGAGAUGCACAACUAGCAGCCUUUGAAAAAUCUAAAGAACUCAUGCAGUCAGCUCAGGUGCUUGUGCAUUACGAUCCAGAGAAGGACAUUGUGCUGUCAUGUGAUGCGUCACCAUAUGGGGUAGGUGCCGUACUGUCACACCACAUGCCAGAUGGAACUGAAAGACCCAUAGGUUUCACCCCACGAACACUAAACACAGCAGAAAAAAACUACUCACAACUGGAUAAGGAAGGGCUCGCUGUGAUGUUUGGAAUACAACGCUUCCACAAAUACAUUUAUGGACGGAAAUUCACUAUAGUGACAGACCACAAGCCCUUGUUGUCACUUUUCAAUGAGAUGAAAGCAGUACCACAAAUGGCCUCGCCCAGGAUCCAAAGGUGGGCUUUAACACUGCGAGCCUACGAAUACACAAUAGUGUAUAAGGAAGGAAAACAUCACAGCAAUGCAGACGCUCUCAGCCGCCUUCCUUUGCCAGAUACACCAAAAGUGGAGACGUCGGAAGAGAGGGUUCACAUGCUGGAGAGCUCUGACAUCACGCUUGUGACAUCUGAACAAGUGGAAGCAUGGACAGACAAAGAUCCAGUACUGUCGAGAGUGAGAGAAAUGGUUCGCGACGGCUGGUCAGCAAAAGAAAAAGGGGAGGAGUUUGCCCCUUAUGAGGUGAGGAAACUUGAACUUAGUAUUCAAAAUGGCUGUGUAAUGUGGGGGUCGAGAGUGGUUGUGCCAAAACCAGGCCAAGGAAGUGUCAUGAGACAACUUCAUCAAUGCCACCCAGGAGUGUCCAGGAUGAAAGCAUUGGCUAGGAGUUACGUUUGGUGGCCGAAGCUGGACAAAGACGUGGAGGAUACAGUAAAGGCCUGUACAACAUGUCAGGAGCAUCGCAACGUCCCGGCACCAGCUCCGUUACACCCCUGGGAUUGGCCCGACAAGCCCGGGAGUCGUAUUCACGUGGAUUAUGCCGGACCGUUCAUGGGAAAAAUGUUUUUUGUGCUCAUAAAUGCACAUUCAAAAUGGAUGGACGUGUAUCCGGUGAACUCUGCCACUUCAGCCACCACAAUUGAGUGCCUGCGUACCAGUUUCAGUAACCAUGGACUACCUGAGUUGUUGGUGUCUGAUAAUGGCACUUGUUUCAUCAGCACAGAGUUCAACGUGUUUCUAAGUAAAAAUGGAAUCCGUCAUGUGACCUCUGCACCCUACCAUGCCUCCAGUAACGGGUUAGCAGAGAGAGGGGUACAAACAUUUAAGAGAAUGAUGAAAAAAUGUCCAGAAGGCACGCUGACAGCUAAAGUAGCCAGAGUGUUAUUCAGCUACAGAGUGACACCACACACUACAACAGGCCUUUCACCAGCAGAGCUGCUUCUCGGGAGGAAGCUACGUUGCACUUUGGAUUCAAUCCACCCAGACCUAAACAAUAGAGUGCAGAAAAAACAAGAAAGACAAAUAAAAGAUCACGACAAAAAGGAAAAAGCACGCUGUUUUAAAACAGGAGAUUCAGUGCUGACCCAGAACUUCAGUUUUGGACCCAAGUGGAUUCCAGGAAUCAUUGAGUCAGUGACGGGACCAGUGUCAUACAAGGUGAUGCUGGGUGAUGAGAGAAUAGUGAGGAGACAUGUGGAUCAGAUUCUUGAUCAACACCAGAUACCAGAAAGGGGCAAUGAAAAACAACAGACAGUUUCAACUCAGCCCAACAAAAAAGAUGAAGCAUGGCUGGAUGCUGAGGAGGUUGUGCUCAGUGGUGACCAGUUGGAAGAGCCAGCAGCAACAGAAGCUGUAGGAAGUUCAGACCAAAGAGCUGUGGCAAACCAAACUCCAGUGAAGCGACUGGCCGAAGGGAAACUAAGUUGCCCAGUUAUCUUAAAGACUUCCAGUUGA